CCAAUUCUUCCAAUUUUGAUUGGUUACUAGUUAUCGAAAUGAAUUCUUCCAACCAAUCAAAUUGAUGAAAUUGAUUAACUUAUGCCAAAUAUGGAACAUGGGUGCCUGGGAGAAAUACUUGCAUCAAUGCGGUACACAUAAAACUGGAAAGCGAGUACCAUGAUCAAAAUAACCUAUUAAGUAUAAGUUACACACGCAGAUGCUAGCAGUAAAGAAAUGCUGAACUAAACCAGGAAAAUGAGAAUUUCAUACAGUUUGGCGAUUUUUUGUUGUGCCUUAGUAACCACAGAUGCAGCGGUACCUGACAGCAUUCUGCGACGCGCCAAGGCUCGUGCUGAGGCACAACAAGAUCGCUAUGAGACGCAAGCCAAUGCAAAGAUAAGACAGGACGAGGCUGACAAGAACAAAAAUGAGCCUAAAUCUGAUGAUUCUAUCACAAUCAUAGAGCGAAGACCAACUUCUAAUUCUGAUUUGGAGGACGCUAAAGCAAGUAUGUAUAGACAGAUGAUGAAUUACAGAAACCGAGGACACAGUCGCCAUCGUGGAGGUACGAAAUCAACGACUGACAAAUCACGCCCAUUAGACAAUACAAGGAAGAUCAACAGGCCAACAAAUCGUAAAUCGGAACCAGUGAAAGAAAAAACAAUACGCCUUACGAGUUUUCGAGUGCCUGCUAAAGAGGACACCGACACAAAAAGACGCUUCAAACUUAGAAGGUUUCGGCCGAGUAAGCAAAAAUGUUGCAAAAUUGGAGAAAGGGUUGGAAAGAAACGACUUUCAUGCGAUGUCAACUUGCACGAGUCAUAUCACACAAAAUUUGAUGACCCCAAAUAUUCAUCAUUGCUUGAGAUAACGUAUUCUAAAGUACUUGCCAACAAGAUCGCCAUGUGUUCCAAGGACUAUGCUAAAAACUUCAAUAAAUGUUGUCGUUAUCGCGCGCAUUAUGUGAAAGAAAUGGAUGAAUGCAAGAAGCUGCGAGGUUAUAAAAAGAAAGCAUGCAGGAAAACUGUUCGUCAUCGAUAUCCAUAAUCACACAACUACAAUCUUCAAGUGCUUUGCCUACAUCCAUCCCAUAACAACUCGGGAAAUAGGUGGGGUGGCCAUGGCCAAGACUAUAUAUUAAUUGCAGAUGUAUUCAUAUUUUCAAUUAUUAUACAAUGACGUUCGACAGACGAUAUUAUAAAUGGGUGUAGGAGAAAACCCUGUCACUCAGGAAGUUUUUUGUGCUAAUCUCGGACAUACAUAUGAUACAGGACUUGUUACCAGUUUGAUUUUCAGUGAAGAGUUUAUACCUUGAAAAUGCAAGAUGUGUAAAUAUAUCAGGUUAUCACAUUGUAAAUAUGUAAAAAUGUACAGUUGUAAAUAAAGAUAUAUAAGUAAUUAAAAUGGGAUGUUUGUUGGGGUAAAAUCGUUCGCUUGUCCCCUUAUCACACCAAACAAGUUCUGAGAACGUUCAAUCUCGUCCUAAAAUACGAUGCUAGUUCUUCUGUAAACAAUAGGGAGUUUAAGCUAGCAUAU